AUGGAGCGGCAGAUCGGGACGUUGGGCCCCGCGUUCGCGGGCGUGGAGUGCGGCACGGUUGAGCACUUUCAGGGUCAGGAGCGCCGCGUGGUGAUCCUGACCACUGUCCGGUGCGGAAUGCUCCACAAAGUUGGGAUGCUCAACGCAAGCGAGUCGGAAAUGUUCAGUUUCUUUCUCUCAGGCGAGGGAGGCUCCCGCCGCCCGAUCGGCUUCCUCAGCAACCCCAAGCGCCUCAACGUCUCCAUCUCGCGGGCGGUGGCCGGCCUGGUCCUGGUGGGCGACCUGCAGGCGCUGGCGAGCCACAGCGACAAGUGGCACCGCCUGAUCGAGCUGGGGAAGGAGCCGCCCGCGCGGCUGGGCCCCUACAGGCACCUCCUUGCUCCCGCGGGGCCCCCGCAGGACACUGACUCCGAGGAGGAGGCUCACCUUCAGGAUUUGGCCUCGGAGCUUCUUGUAGCUCUGCAGAAGCGCGACGCCGAGGCCCGCGGCCGUGUCGUGGAGGGCGCCGAGGAACCCGUGCGCCGGGCGGUGCCCGUCACCGAGCAGGCGGCGGCGCUGGACCAGGUCGGGCGUCGAAACACGGCCUCUGGCGCCCCCUUCCCCGAGCAGGGCGCGCGGAGCACGGUCUCCUUGCGUGCCCUGUCUCGCGCACCGGAGCACGUGCUCCUCCUGGUCCUGGCCACGGGGGUGCGUGCCCCGGCGGCUGGCCCGCAGGACUUGCGCCUGUGGGCUAUGCCAGUCCUCGCUGGCGCCUGCGGGUCUUGCAAGCCUCGCCCGCAGGCCGCUGCCGCCAUCGCCGAGGCGUUCAGAUCCUGCUGCUGGCCGCCGUUCUGCUGUGCGCGGCGCAGCCAAGGCGCCAGGCGACUCAGCGCGUCGCCCCUCGCGCCCGAGAGGAUCGGCCAAGACUCCGAGGUGCUACAUGGUCUGUUCAACGCCAUCAUGUGGGGGAUGGUCCUGGACAUCCAGUUCGACGACGAUGCAGCAGUUCAGCAGCCAGAGUGCGACGCCGCCGACCCCAUCCAGGUCUGCGUGGCCGCCGUCAAUUUCCGGCGCAAGAUCGAAGGAGUUGGAGGACAACAUUACCUCCAAGCAGCUGAAGAACUCAAAGCAGCCAAGGCCGCCGACUUGGCAAACAAGUCGCCCGACCAGCAGACGCAGAGUUUGUCGGACCAGCUCUCAGUGCAGCGCAAGCGCCUGGAGGGCAAGCAGAAAGACGCGGCCUGGUACCUCGAGGAGAUUGAGCAGCUCACCGAGAAGUACCAGAUGGUCGCGAAUGAGUGCAACGACAUCUACAAGGAAUGCCAGCAGCUCGAGAGCCAGCUCAGGGUCGCAGCGAAGGCAGCGGCCCAACAGACCGGAAGUGCAGAUGGUGCAGCACAUGGGGCAUCAUCAGACACGCUCGAGGAUUAUAUCAUGGCGAAGCUCCCGCCUGGCGCGGAGAUCAGCCCCGACUUCAAACAGAAGGUCAACGCCAUGGCCACGGAGCUCGACGCCGAGUACAAUCGGAUGGCCCAGGACAAGCACCACCAGCACCAGCAGCUGAACCAGCAGCUGGUCACCAACCAGCCCCUGAAGGUGCAGCCGCAGUCGCAGCUCCCAGCGGAGAGGGCCUCCCUGCAGGCCCUCUCGGUGGUCUCGCAGAUCGGGGCCCCUCGGGCCCUGGGGCCAUCUUCCGAGGACGCCCAGAGGAGGCUCCGCUCCAGGAUCGAGGGCUCGGUGGCUGCCCGCAUUUCAGUUUCUAACCUCCGCGUCGUGAGUUUCGAUGGAAGUUGUUGGGGAAGCGUCGAGACUUUCGUCGAGUCCGAUGGCGCCAAGUCCAUCCACGUUCUGUGUGUUCAGGAGGCCAGGCUUCUCGAAAAUCAAGUUUUGGACGCCACUCAGUGGUGUAGCAAGCGUGGAUGGAAUGCUAGUUUCACGGCUGGGGUUCUGAGCGACUGUGGGGCAGUUACGCAGGGCGCAGCCAUCCUCGUGAGAGACGGGUACGACUUCGGGGUCACAAGAGUCGACUACCCUGCUAAUACGCCAAAGGGAAGAGUUACCGCCGUAGCUCUGGAGGUGCCAGGACACGCUCCAUUCAUUCUAGCCUCAGCCUACCUUGCCGACAAGGUUGGGCUGAACGAGUUAAACCUCAACCUCCUCGCCAGCCUCGCGCAGCUCGGCCAGAUGCAUCGCAUGGGCCCGGUUGUAGCGGCUGACUUUAACCUCUCGCCUGCCGAGCUCACCAAGAGCAACCUCUGCCCGAGAGCGGGAGUGCAGGACUACGUGAAUAAGCCCAAGGUCCUCAAGGAGUACCCCCUGGGCCCCCACAGGCCCGUGUACUUUGACCUCGCCAUAGAUGAGCCCUUCCUGGCGCCCGUCCGGGUAAGGUCACCGACGCGCCUCUUCGCAGCCAGCGCCUACGAGGUCAAGGACCUCAGCUCAGAUGGGUUCCCGCAUGUGCAGCGGAACGAGCUCUCCGUCGCAGCUGGCUGCAGCUUCGCCACUUCCGUUAUACAGAUGUAUUGCAUUGUGCCGCUCGAUGUCUGGGCCCAGGACAACAUAGAUACUAGCCUCCACAUGUUUAUAGAUGACAUCAUCUUACAGGCCCAGGAUAAGCGCCCCAAGACCCUGACCAAGACCCUUGCAGGAGCCUCAAAGAGUAUGAAGGACACCAUAGAGGAGGACCUAGAUAGCAACAUUGCCCUCCACAAGUCAGCCGUCCUAGCCUCCUCCUUAAAGGUUCGGGAGCCCCUGGUCAAGGCCCUCGGCUCACUAGCAGGGCCCCAGGCUUUGGAGCGAGCCGGCGCCGCCGCCAAUCUCGGUAUAGAUUGCGCGGCUGGAGGUCGCGUCCGCAGUGGCCGUGGCCGCGCUGUUCUGCGCCUCCGUUUCAAGAAGAUGAAGCACCGCAGGCGCAGGCUCCAGGCUAUCAAAAAGGCUGGGGCUGACAUGCGAAAGUUGUACAACACAGGCCUUGACCAGGCCAACCAUUACGGAAGCGAAGUGGUAGGCCUGACCGAUUCAGAACUCGCUCAGAGCCAGAACUUCGACCUCAGCACCGUUGGCUUGCUAAAGUACGAUCACGGUGAUUUGAAACAGAAGGUGAGCCGAAUCUUGGACAACCCUCCCAAAAGCUGGAGCGCCUGCCGAGGGCCCAUGGGGGCCGCCCUGCUGAGCCCCAAGAGGAUAGGUUCGAAGCUCCUCAACCCGUUCGAGAUAGAGACGAGCCAAGGCCUAAUCCCCCAGCUCACUGCGACCCCGCCAGCCCUCCUCAAGUACCACCUGGAGGACGCCUGGAAGGCGCAGCUCGAGUUUACAGCAGCAGCCAAAAUGGGGCGUCCUCAGGACCGUCUGGAUUGCUCGACCGCAAAAGCUGUUCUGGACGACCCGAACCUCACCAAGCCCCAGAGGGGCUGCCUCCUGGCCUACCUCACCCAAUGUCUCUGGACAAGGUCCCGCUUGGCUGCAGCAGGUUAUGAGAUCGACCAGGAAUGCGACUGCGGACGCCCGACAGAUGCCAUGCAGCACCGUUUCAAUUGCCAGCUCCUCGAUGGCAUCAGAAGUGACAUCUUAGAGGAGGGCGACGAGGUCAAGGCCGAGGGCAUCGAAGGGCGGUGUGCCUUGCUGCCCCCACCGCUGACGGCGCCGAUCACGCGGACGCGGUCGCAGGCGCCGGACAGGUGGCUGGACAGGGGGCUGGACGUCGAUCUCCUCACGGAGCCCGUCGAGCGGCCGGUCGUACGGUACCUUCACAAGUACGACGACCACUACGACCGCAUUGUGCCAGACUUCGAGCUGCAGUACAGGACGGCCGAGCAGCAGUAUCUGUACCAGGGCGAUUUCUCUCUGCUCGUGCGCGAGUAUACCGACAAGGGCGCCAUUGUGCAGGAUGCCGUCACGGGCAUCUUCGGCUUCGUCCCCGAGGACGAGUUCCUCGGCGACGUCCGCCCCGAGGUGGGCUCCGUGGUCCCCGGAGCGAGGUGCACGUACAUGGACCAGACGAGGUUCGAGAGCUCAGCCGUUGAUGUCAUGCGGUCGCAGACCGGCGUCGUUUGGGAGUGGGACCGUCGCACCGGCGAAGGCUACAUCCUGCCGACGGAGGGGCAGGACGCCUGGCAGAUGCGCCGGGUGCUGCGCAGGGACAUCUUGUGGCACGGCAGCCGCCAGCUCUACGCGGGGCAGUGGGUGAUGUUCGAGACGGCCAGGGCACACGAGGUCCCUAUCGAACCGAACGACGAGCCCGAGGCCGCCUUCGCGCUGCAGGUCAAGGGCCCGGAGGUGCGCUUCUCAUUCAAGGCGAGCUACCCGCACGUGGCGCCCAGCAGCCGCACGUUCGAGGAGCAGCCGGACGUCGUCUCUGGCCCCACCCUGGAGCCGAGCCGGCAGUUGCUCGGCAGCGCCGCGGAGCCGGGCGCGCUCGCGGAGGCCACCCGGGCGGAGCUGCCGUUCCGGAUGCCCGCCGAGUCUGGGCUGAAGCAGCCCCUGGCGUUGUCGCAGGCGCACCCCGCGCUGCAGCGGUUCGCGGAGCUAGCGCCGGCCGUAGCGAAGGCCGAAAGCCCGCCCUGGCUGUGGGAGGCGCCGAUGUUGGACUACCUCGAGGAUUACCAGUGGGAGAAUGACCCCAUCGUGCCCUACCAGUUCCGAGGGCCGAGGGAGAUGAAGAAGUGGAGGCAGAUAUCGACGCACGAGCACGCCGUGGCGAUCGGAAAAUAUUGGGAUGAACCGCGGGCGCUUCGAGCAGAAAACGCGUGGAGGAAGAUGAUGCCGCCCAGCCAGAAGCAGGCGUGGCAGGACUCCGUGGCGGCGCGCGAUAAGAGGUUCCGGGCGCAGAUUCGGCGGCAGAGGUUGCUGAAGAUCCGGGCGGCCAAGGCGACGAAGGAAAGGUACUGA